ACGUCAUUCGUCAAUCGGCAUAGCCGUUCAAGAGCCGUGGCACAAGCAGAAAAAUAUCACACAUCGACCGCGACGAGUGAUUUUCGCGACAGAAAAUAAAAAUAUAUUUUUUUAUAUUUUUUUAUCGUAAACUACUUCGAGUCGUACUUGUGAAAAAGUAUCGAAAAAUGGCCCAAAUAGACCGAUAUUCCGAUGUGCUGCACUUGGCUCUGCUACUACGCCACGGGGACGAGAAGGCGGCUAGAUCGGUGCUUAGAAGAGCUGGCGUCGACCUGAAUCGGACCAACGACGAUAAAGAGACCCUUCUGCACCUGAUAUGCAAGGUGAACGAUGGAUUGCGGGUAUUAUAUGAUUUUUUCGAGAUCAGCGAAAUACAAACGUUGGCCGAUCACAACAGCAAGUUGGCCAGUUUACUGCUGAGUAAAGGCGACAAACCGAAUUUGUCAGACUUCGAGGGAACGACUCUUCUCCAUGUCAUAUGUAAAAGAAGUUUCGGCGACGACUUGGCGGAGCUAUUCUUCAAGAUCAACGACGAGUUGAAUCUGACGGUGCUGAUCGAUGCUCAAGACAAAUCGGGCAGCACACCAUUGCACUUGGCUCUGGCCAGCCACAACUGGAAGUUGGUCAAUUUGCUGCUGAAAAGAGGUGCAGAUCUGAAUCGCACCAAUGACAAAGCAGAGACCCCUUUACAUCUGAUAUGCGAGAUAACAGAAGACUUACAGAUAUUGUAUGAUUUUUUCGAGAUCAGCAAAGAAAACGAUCGGACGAUCGAGGUCGACGCUCAGGAUAUUUUUGGUGACAGACCAUUGCACUGGGCUCUGCGCCAUGGCAACAGGACGGCGGCCGAGUUGUUGCUGAGGAGAGGGGCAGAUCCUAAUUUAGCCAGCUCGUACGGAGUGACGCCUCUGCACUUGAUUUGCCAGGGUAAGGUCGACGACGACUUUGCGGAGCUAUUCUUCCGGAUCAACGACGAGUUGAAUCAGACGGUGCAAGUCGAUGCUAAGGAUAAUCAGGGCCAGACGCCGCUUCAAUGGGCCGUGGCGUGCGUCUUGCCGAAUGCCGUCGAUUUACUCUUGGAUCGUGGAGCUGGACUGUUCAGCUUCGCUUAUCCCGACGAGAGUCACUUCGGCACGUCAUACGUGCCACUGAAUUCUGAAUUGUGGCACAAUUCUAGACUGAGACUAGCAUCUGGCGCUCUGAUGAUCGCUCAGCGACUCGAGCAAAGAGGAUACGAACUGAAGGACAGCGACUACCAGCAGAUCAUAGCAUUAUUCGUUAAGCAUCAGAUGUUCGAGAAGCUGGUGGAUCUCGAGGAGCCUUGGUACGAAGACAAGGAGUUCGCGCGCAGAUCGAGAAUGAUAAUGGUAAAUGCGGAUCGGUCGCUUCGCGACUUGAUCCGUAUGGGACCCGACGAGGCGUCGAGCCAACUCACGUAUAGGAACUACUACGAGCUCGGCUGCUCUGCCGAAUAUCAUGGUCUCCCCGAAAGAGUAAGAGACGCUUGCGAUCUGCACCUGUGCGAGAAACUAUCGAGGCCAUUUUUCCUGCACUCGGAACAGAGGGCUUUUUCGAAGUUGCCACUCGAUCAGCGCAUUGGGCUGAAGGGGCGCCGAAAAAGGAUCCUCAAGCGGCUAAACAACGAACAGUUAUGUAAACUUUUCUUGUCGGUUGCAUGCUAAAACACGCGAUAACGAUAUAACCACAUUUGUAAUAUAUAUUUUAAUUUAAGACGUCAUUAUAUACAUUUUUUGCGGAAUUUUCUCAGA